AUGGAUAAGAUGAAGAGCAAUGGUACAUCAUGGGAUUGGAGAGUCUCCAUUUUUCUUUUCUGCGUUGUUGCUGCGGUCAGCGGACAAAUUCGUUAUUCUAUACCAGAGGAGAUGAGGAAAGGGCUGUUUGUCGGAGACGUUGCGAAAGACCUGGGCUUGGAUGUUAAAAGGUUGGUUUCUGGUCGGGCUCGACUCGCUAUAGAUGACGAUAACCAAUAUGUCGCGUUGAACCAGAACAAAGGGCAUAUCGUUGUCAAUGAAAGAAUUGACAGAGAAAAAUUAUGCGCCAAGAAAUCUCCGUGUAGCUUUAGUCUAGAAAUAGUCCUGGAAGAUCCACUCGAAUUAUUUUCCAUUACCAUUGAAAUACAAGAUGUAAAUGAUCAUGCUCCUGCUUUUCCCCAAAAGGAAAUUAAUUUGGAAAUAAGCGAAUCGACGCCCACAGGUACUGUAUUCUUGCUUGAUAGCGCAGUUGAUAAUGACGUAGGAAUAAACUCACUGCAGAGUUACUCUUUAAAAGCGAACGAGCAUUUUGUUCUCAAACAACAUUCUCGGGCAGAUGGGAGUAAAUAUGCUGAAAUGAUACUACAGAGUGGUUUGGACCGCGAGAAGCAAAGCGAGCAUACCCUCAUAUUAACAGCUGUGGAUGGUGGCGAGCCGCAGAGGUCUGGUACAGUAAGGAUACAUGUAUCUGUUCUGGACGCAAACGACAACGCACCCGUUUUUAAACAGUCCGUAUACAAAGUAUCAGUGUUGGAAAAUGCUUUGCACGGCACAGUUAUUGCUAAAGUGAGUGCUAUAGAUGCGGACCAAGGUUACAAUGGUAACGUCACAUAUUCGUUCACACAUCUAGAGGACUCCUCCUGUCCUUUUGAAAUCAAUCCUUACACGGGAGAAGUUAAACUCACCGGUGACAUUGAUUACGAGGUAUUAGCAAAUUACGAAAUAAAUCUUAAAGCAAAAGAUCCUUGGGGUGUGGUGGGCGCCAGCAAAUUAAUAAUCGAGAUAGCAGAUGUGAAUGAUAAUAGUCCAGUUAUCACAAUGGCCUCUUAUUCGGGUAAAAUUUCAGAGGAUUCUACUCCUGGCACAGUUGUGGCGUUGAUUAGUGUCCAGGAUAAAGAUUCCGGUAAAAAUGGACAGGUUCAUUUAAAUAUAGAUGAAAAUCUCCCAUUCAAAAUCAAAACGUCUCUGAGAAACUAUUACGCACUGGUCACGGAGCAAAGUCUCGACCGAGAAAAGCAUCCCAAGUACAACAUCACUCUCACUGCCACAGAUGAGGGCUUGCCUGCCUUAUCAAGCAGGAAAACGGUCGUUUUAGACGUCACUGAUAUUAAUGACAAUGCACCAGCAUUUAGCCAGAGCGUUUACACCACUCAGGUGAUGGAAAACAAUUCACCUGGUGUCGAAAUGUUGCAGAUCCGCGCUACUGAUCCAGAUCAGGGUCAGAAUGCACGCAUAUCAUAUCUUCUUAUUGACGACGAGGUUAAUGGAAAUCCCGUGUCCACAUAUUUCUCUAUUAACACGGAGAGUGGAGUCGUUCAAUCUUUGCGUUCACUUGACUAUGAGCAAGUCAAAGAGUACAAAAUUCAAGUUAAAGCGCAAGAUGGAGGCUCGCCGCCAUUAAGUAGUAACGCUACAGUUAUCGUACAUGUCCAGGACCAGAACGACAACCCCCCUCAGGUUCUGUAUCCAGUCCAGACCGGUGGCUCUUUAGUGGCUGAAAUGGUUCCUCGUUCAGCAGAUGUGGGCUAUCUGGUCACUAAAGUGGUGGCUGUGGAUGUGGACUCUGGACAGAAUGCCUGGCUCUCCUAUAAACUGCAGAAAGCCACAGACAGGGCGCUGUUUGAAGUGGGCUUACAGAAUGGAGAAAUAAGAACUAUCCGCCAGGUGACUGAUAAAGAUGCUGUGAAACAAAGACUGACUGUUAUAGUGGAGGACAACGGGCAGCCCUCUCGUUCAGCUACAGUCAUUGUUAACGUGGCGGUGGCGGACAGCUUCCCUGAAGUGCUGUCAGAGUUCACUGACUUUACACACGACAAGGAGUACAAUGAUAACCUGACUUUUUACUUAGUGUUGGCUCUGGCUGUAGUUUCCUUCCUCUUCAUCACGUGUUUAGUGGUUAUUAUAUCAGUGAAAAUCUACAGAUGGAGACAGUCUCGCAUCCUGUAUCACUCCAAUCUCCCUGUGAUUCCAUAUUAUCCACCACGUUACUCAGACACUUUGGGGACAGGGACUCUCCAACACGUGUACAAUUACGAGGUGUGCAGGACGACUGACUCCAGAAAGAGUGACAUCAAGUAUAUGCAACCGAUGAGUCAAAGUUUGGUUAGUGUGGAUGACGCUGAAACCAUGCAGAAUGGAGAACAGUCAUCAGCUGUAUCUCGGAUGUCUACUCUGGUAAGUUGA